GUCGAUAGUCGAAUAUUUACAAAACAACAAUUUUCUCUCUCAUUAUUUUUAGUUUCAUAGCACUUUUCCUUAAUUUAUCAUCCAGUUUUAAUUAUUAUUGUGUUUAUUUGUGAUUUCCAAAUUGGAUUAAAUCAAAGUUUAAGUUCUGACGGCAUUCGAGAUGGACACAUUAUCGUCGUUGAUGGAAGUUAAGUUGGAUAUUCGUGAAAGGCGAACAGAGUGGCUACCUUUAAGAUCGUGGACUCGUUGUUACAUUAAAAUCGAAGCAAUCAAGUGUUUUCCCUGCUAUAUAAAAAUAACUUUCCAUAAAACUGUUAACGAGAAUGACAAUGGACUCGUCUUGAGAAUCAACAUUCCAGGCUUAGAAAUAUAUCCGGUUAAAUCGAGGACAAAGGAAUAUGCUUAUGGCCUAUAUUGGAAACAAAACCGAAAGAAUUGCAUGGCAUUCCUAUCAUUAGCAUCAAAACUAAGCAUGGAAGCUCACAUGCGUUGGGUUGAAUGUCAAAUUCAAAGUCUGGAAACAUAUCGGCGAGAAAUCUUGCAAAGCAGCCGGUGCAGUAGAAUAGAACAAAGUCUAUUUGAAACGGAUGACUCUGGAAUAUAUCAAAAUAUGAACGAGACAUGUAAAGUGCGUGAUGUGAAUGACAUUCUCGGUCCGUUGCCGAAAGUUCCAAAUGGUCAUCGUGACAGUGAUAAGAAUUGGUCGAGAAGAGUGUCAACAAUGUCGGGAAUUUAUGAAGAGAUUCCUGAGCCGACAGACAGGCAAAGAAAUAACAGAGACUCGGUUAUUUACGAAGUCAUGACAUUAAAUCGCCUCGAACAAAAUUCAUCCCCGCCUCCACUUCCACCUCGAGUUCGUAAAAACACUGACUGUUCAAGUCUCCAACGUUCCUACACAACACCAGAAAGUGAAAUGGUCAAGAAGAAAUGGAGUCUGUUCGAGAAUGUGUUCGGUAAGUCAAAAAGAUCGGAACUGAAACGAAGAGAAAGAAAUGUCGCGCCACAACCAAGAGAACUUCAACUGCUGAAAGCGAAACGCAACAGCUUUUCAAGUCCCGAUUUGUCACAUCUUGAUGUCAGCUUCAACAAUUCUUUGUGUGCCAACUGUUCAUUUGAUCUGGAAAAUCCUGCGAAUAUUAGUUCAAGUAACUCUUAUGAGUUAGAAAAUGUUUUUGAAGAUGAAGCUGAGAAUUCCGUCGAUCAAGUUGAUUCAAAUAUUUCCCACAAUAUCAAACCAAAUUUCGAAUUAAGAUUGGAUAAAAAUGUAUCGGCUGUUAAUCUCGUUGGAAGUAAUUGUUUAUUGAAUCAUCACAUUGAAUCAACAUCGCCAAAAAGUCAACCGGCAUCGAGUCCGCCAGGUUAUCUUGAAAUGCGACCUGGACGUGGAUUUGACAUGAAAAAAGUUGAAGAACUUGAUAAGCAACUUAUGAAUGAUGUUCUCUAUCGACUGAAAUAUUCUUUCGAUAGUCCAAUUACAUAUAAACGUGAAUUUGAUUACGACAUUUUACCUCCAACAUCGGCAACAAUGACAAUGACAACAGUAGAGAAGAAUAAGAAUGAAAUUUAUCAAAAUAAUCAAGAAAAUGAACCACAUUACGUUUGCAUGACAAAGCGAGCUAACGAAUUCAGUCCCAAAAUACCUCCAAGAACACCAAAGAUCGAUGAACCGACUUAUGUUCCAAUGAACCGCGUUCCACCGACCGUUAUCAUCGAAUCAUAUCAAAAUGUCCGGAAUAAUCAGAUUGAAAGUACAAAAACGAACAAGAGACUUUCAGUUGAUGAUAAAAUCGCGUCUUAUUAUCCAAACUACGAUGUUCCCGUUAAGUGUAACAACAUCACUAAUCUUCGAAAUGCAACGGAUGAAAACUCCAUUGCAGCAAAGAAACAAACUCAAAAUUCACCAAAAAUUAAAUCACCGGAAUCGUCAAUUCAGAAUUCUCGUAAAUUUACAACGCCAAUUAUGAUUCCAUCAACAAAAAUGUCGGAACGUCGUGUUAAUUCAUUAAAAUUGGAAGAUAAUAACAAUAAUAAUGAUUUAAGAAGUUUGCAAGUCAAUAAAAAAUAUGCAACAAUAUCAAGACUUAACUCAGAUGAUCUCAGUCGCCGUCAUAAUCAAAAUCUUUUAUCAUCGCCAUCAGCUGUCGUUAAGAAAUCUGGAUCGAUAUCACCGACAAGUAUUAAAAGAUUUACGUCACUUCCGCGAUUCAAAAAAUUUGAUUUCUCACCAUUGCGACUUAAAAUAUCAAACGUAUUACAAAGAAAUAAUUCUGGAGGAUGUUAAAUGGACAUAAAAAGAUCACUCACCACACAUCAUCAUUACAAGCCAACCAGGGUACAAAGAAAAACGAUUGUUCUUCAUAUCAAUGAAUUUGCUCAUAAUUUGAUUCAUAUCAUGACUUAUCUAGCUCAAUGAAGUGUCGAAAGUUUAAAGAAAGAAUUUUAGUUUCAUCUCUUGCGAAUGAAUGCCUCAUACAUAUUGAUAAAAAAGAAACAUGAAUACAUAUAUCUACUUAAGUAGCCUAAAUUGCCCUCUUGACUGAACGUACAUCAGUCAACAAAUUUGCUUCGAUAUGCCUUUUUGCCAACUUGUCGCUCAAUUGAAAAAUAUAAUUAAAUGAGUUAGCAUUUUCAUAUAAAUAAUUCAGCAACUAAGUUUUAAAUCAAAUGUUACGAUUCUCAUUUCUCUAUCAUUCUUUUUCUUUAUAUUUUUAUUUAUGUUUUAUACUAUGCUGUGAUGUAAGAAAGAAAAAUUAAUGUUGCGCGAUAUAUUCUCGAAUUUGAAAGACUUCCAGUCGGAUUUGUGAUGUCUCCUUCAAGCGCGACUUCUUUGAUUAUCAUUUAGACAGCCGAAAUAUUUUCUUUUAAGACUUUCAAGGAUUACCUAACUUUUUUAAGAGACAUCACAAAUCAGUGCUUAAUUUAAUAAUAAUAAUAAUAAUAAUAACAAUAAAAAUAUUAAUAAGGAAGCGUUGCUUAAAAUUUGUUGCUUAUUUCAUAAAGAAAAAAUAAUUAAUAUGUUGUACUUAGCGGUAAAUUGAAUAUUUAAGACACAAUUCCAAAAUUAUCUCAUUAAAUUUUUCCGAAAAGUUACAGAAAAGCGUGUAAAGAAAUUGAAAUUAGUUUGAAAUUGGCUAACUAAGCGUCUGUUGUUGCCGGCUUUUCGAGUAAUUUCAUUUUCUAAUUUGGCUUUAAACGCGAGCUUAAUCUUUAAAGAAAUUUCACAUAUCCACAUUUUAACACAGAAAUAUUUCUAUUCGUGCUGACGGCCACAAGUAUUUACAAUGUCAAUGAUUUUAACUAAAUAUUCGUAAAAUCAUGCUUAAGAUAAGAAAAAAUAAAAGAAAAAGUUUCAAAG